GAUUGGACACCUAAAUAAACUUGAAAUCUUAAAUACAUGUGGUUGCAGCAAACCUGAGCUUUUCCCACCCUUACAGCUGCCCUCUCUUAAGAAAUUUGAAAUCUCUGGGUGUAAGAGUCUCAAGAAUUUUCCAGAAUUAUUAUGUAAGAUGACAAAUAUAAAAGAUAUUGAGAUAUAUGAUACUUCCAUAGAAGAAUUGCCAUCUUCAUUUCAAAAUUUCAGUGAACUUUAACGGUUAACAAUAUCUGGAGGAGGAAAGCUCAGGUUCCCAAAAUAUAAUGAUAAAAUGAAUUCAAUAGUGUUUUCAAAUGUGGAACAUCUUGACCUCAGUGACAACAACGUCUCAGAUGAAUGUCUCCCAAUACUUCUCAAGUGGUUUGUUAAUGUGACAUUUCUAGACUUAUCGGAGAACAAUUUCACAAUUCUUCCCGAGUGCCUUGGUGAAUAUCACCGUCUUAAGCAUCUUUAUUUGAAGUUUUGCAAGGCUCUUGAGGAAAUUAGAGGGAUUCCACCAAAUCUUGAAAGGCUUUUUGCAGACGAGUGUUAUUCAUUGAGUUCCUCAAGUAUAAGAAUGUUAAUGAGUCAGAAACUACAUGAAUCUGGAUGCACCCAUUUUCACUUCCCAAACACAACGGAAAGGAUUCCUGAUUGGUUUGAGCACCAAAGCAGGGGAGUCACAAUUGCUUUCUGGUAUCAUAAAGAAAUCCCUUCUAUUAGUUUUACUUGUAUUAUUAUUCGUCUGCACUACGGGUACUCACCAACAGUCAAAUUAUUUGUGGAUGGAUAUGAAAAAGAGAUAGGUCUCCACGAAUUCACUAGGCGCUAUGAAACUGUGUUGAAUAACCAUACAACUUUGUUGCAUAUAAAAUUGGAAGAAGAUAAUGAACUCGGUGAAAGACUUUUGAAAAAUGAAUGGAUACAUGUGGAGUUUAAGUUGGGGGUGAUUUGUGGUUCGAUGCGGAAAAGAUAUUCGAAAAUACGCAAAUGGGAAUCCACGUGUGGAAGGAGAAAAGCAACACGGAGGGGGGUGUGAGAUUAAUUGAUCCU